CUACCUUGUUCCUGUAAUACCAAGCCUCCGUCCUGACUACUUGUGGGUUAUUCCGAGGGACAUCAGCUGUACAUCCUACGCGGCCAUACUGACUGGUCUUCAGAAAACGUUGACGUUUCUGCUGCCAAUGGAGCUGUCAAUGGGCAUCAAAUCAAGUAUGGAGUUCCUGAGAGAGACCUUCCCACGCUGCUCAACAUCAUAUUCCUUCACGUGCAAGGAGACAGCUGUUGAUGAGAACCUCAUCUGUGCUGCAGUCAAUAGAUCACAGCUCCAACAAACACUGGCAACCGACAACUCCUCUACAGCUCUGUGCUCUUUUACCAUCACUGAACAUGCCUGUUCUGUGGCUGACCAGCUUGCAGCGCAAAGCCUGGCCACACUAUUAAAAUGCUCGUUGGAAAGCCAUACGACAUACCCGGUGGAAGUCUGGAAGCUCUUCUUUCAAAAAGUCUCUCCCGCUCUGGAUGAGGCUCUUGAGACGUUUGCCACCGUGACCCCCAACAACAGCAGCCCAGCCGUAUCGAACGCCCUUGAUGCCCUGAGAGAGGCGAGACUAGCCAACCUCAGCAAUGCACAGCUACAGAGUGGCACUUUCAUUGGUGAUCUGGUCCAGCGAAACAUUGGUCCGUUCCUGGCCUCCCCAUCCACAAACUUCCUGUUCUGCCUUAGCUCCUACAACUUCAGCUGCCUGACCUACCAGAUUGUUGUCAAGGGGUUAAGCAACCAAAGGGAGCUCAUGAACAGCAGCAAGCAACAGGCAGUCUUUACUUAUUUCAUCAAACCAUUCCUUUCAAGAGUGGGAACACCAGAUGCUGGCUGCACCUCAUCUACUAAUGGGAGUCAGGAAUGGCUACAGGCAAACCUUGGCGGCUUUGCUUCUUUUGCAACCAUCCAAGAGUUGCAAACCCUCAACCCACACUUGUCUACUAUGGAUGUUCUAGAUCUUCUCACGUUCAGUCAGCUAAGACAGCUUGCAACAAUGCCCUCACACCUAAAAGGAAUGCAAGAUGUGAGCAAGGUCAUGGGAGUUAUCCAAUCAGCUGAUUUUGCUGCUUUCUUUGACACAGUCUCACCAGUGAUUGAGGCCCAAUCUGCCAACUACACACUGGAGGUCAAAUCCACCUUCCUCCAGGCAGUUCUGGACAGAGGAGAUUUCUCCCUCCCAGCUGUUAGUGAUGAAGAGUUCCUGUUGUGGAUGAGGGUGCGACUGAGGCCUUUGUUGGUCAAUCUUUCAUCAAGUCUAGUUAAACCCUUUUUCAGCAUUGGGACAAACAGGAGCUGCUACAGUCACAGAGAGAUCAUUACAGUGCUUGACAAUGUACAGAUGACACUCAGCAAAAGCACCAAAGAAAAUAUCUACAACAACAUUGUUCUUUUCCUUCAAGGAGUGAAGUGCUACAGCGGUGGAAGCUUCUACCUCUUCCUGAAGAACACCUUCCUCAGCUUCGGCUUUCCAGAUGUGUCCACGCUCAUUUCUCUCCUGCCACCGACACGCAAGUCAGAGCUCCUAAACACCAUCAGCACCUCAGAACUGGGUCAACUCCUCAGUCAGCCGGGGGUAAUUAAUAACAGUCCAGACGUCUGCAUCAUCUUCAGCCACUACAACAACACCGCCACCUUCCUACAGUCGGAGGACGUCCCAGAUGAUGUGAGGAGGACCAUCCUCCCCUGUGUGUGGCCCUUGGCUCUGAGCAGCAGCAGCAGAUCUGAGGUUGAUCUGUGGUUUAACGUACGCCUGAAGGACUACCUGAGGUUCCUCACCAAGGAGCUCAUUAGUUCUACUGAGGUCCAGAACGCCUCAUGUCUCGCCUUCCAGAAGCUGUAA